AUGGCGCGGAGAUACGACUCCAGGACGACUAUAUUCUCGCCGGAAGGCCGCCUGUACCAGGUUGAAUAUGCUCUAGAGGCCAUCUCCCACGCCGGAACCGCCCUCGGCAUCUUGGCCAAAGAUGGGAUAGUUCUCGCUGCGGAGCGGAAAGUCACCAGCAAGCUUCUGGAGCAGGACACCUCUGCAGAGAAGCUCUACAUCUUAAAUGAUAACAUGAUAUGUGCCGUUGCGGGAAUGACUGCCGAUGCCAAUAUACUCAUCAACUACGCCCGUCAAGCCGCUCAACGAUAUCUCCUCACCUAUAACGAAGAUAUCCCGUGUGAACAACUAGUCCGUCGAUUAUGCGAUUUGAAGCAGGGCUACACCCAGCAUGGUGGUCUCCGGCCGUUCGGUGUAUCCUUCAUCUACGCUGGCUACGACCCACUCCGGCAAUUCCAGUUAUACCAGAGCAACCCUAGCGGCAACUAUGGUGGAUGGAAAGCUACCAGUGUCGGGGCUAACAAUGCUAGUGCACAAAGUCUUUUGAAGCAAGACUACAAGGAAGACUGUGAUUUGAAGGAGGCCUGUGGCAUGGCUGUCAAGGUUCUGAGCAAGACCAUGGACUCUACAAAGCUGAGUAGCAAGAAGAUUGAGUUUGCUACUGUUGGAAAGACCAAGGACGGCAAGAUCUAUCACCACCUUUGGGGUGCUGAUGAGAUCGAUGCUCUUCUAAGGGAGCAUGAUCUAGCUAAGCCUGAUGACCAGGAGACUGGAUAA